CAAUUUCCAUUCACACAUGUCUGUACUCUGUAGAAGGGCUGGCCUCCAGUUCGGAAAAAUGGGGGUAUCCAAGGCGUCAAUGGCAUUGCCUUGGUAAAGCGGCAGUAUGGCGCACACACACUACCGACACAUCAAAUUCUUCAACUGCAAAAAUCAAUGCAAAGAAGGGCAUCGUCAUAAAUCUCUCUGCAAGGUUCACUCGUAUGCAGAACGACAUGAAACAAUGGCGUCAAAACAAACUUUGGGGCGUGCAGUUGAAAUGAACACCGUCAGGGGUGUCUUUGGCGUGAUACAUCAUAUAGGAGUGCAGUUAUCUAUGUCUAGAGAUGCAGUGGGGGGCAAAUUCCCCGCACAGCUCUAGGCGAUGUUAAUCCUUGAAAGUAGGCCUCAUUUCACGGCCAGAAGGAUGACUAUACGAGGCUAAGGGGCAGUGGGUUCAUGAAUAUAAUUAGUCUGCACAAGGACCAAUGUGACCGUGACAUCCCUUUUAUACACACCUUGACUUCUUGCAAGAAACUGCCAUCCUGCUGCGCACCCACGAAUUUCUCAGGAGUGGCCUCCAUUAUACAACCCCGGCUGACAGGAACUUCGAGUGCAGACGAAAUCCCGACCCGCAACUUGCUUUAUGCUGGCCCUUGGACGUCUCCAACUAAGAAUACUGUCGGAAUUUUCCCAAUAAUAGACCGGCCAUUCUCUGAUGGAUUCGAUAGCCGUUGUCACAGGAGGAGCGGGAGACAUUGGUCGGGCGAUUGCCACUAAACUUGCGGAAACCCACAGUCAUGUGGUGUUGGUAGAUAUCGACGAGGCCAGAGUCACUGUCGCUGCAGACACUCUAGGGACGGAGAAAGCGAGGGCCAUGAUCUGUGAUAUUACCGACAACAAGCAAGUCCAGGAAAUGGCACAGAAAAUCAUGUCACUGGGUGUUGUCUGCACCUUGGUCAACAACGCCGGUGCGACCUGGGCCGGGUCAUUACACGAAUUGUCACCUGAAAUCUGGAAGCGCGAAGUCACCCUGAACCUCGAGGCCAGUUUCCUAUGUUUUCAUGCCUUUGAGGAAUCUUUGAAACGAGCUCGAGGAUCCGUGGUCAACGUUGCUUCCGUCAAUGGCCUGUCAGUUUUUGGAAAUCCCGCAUACAGUUCUGCCAAAGCGGGACUGAUUCAUCUAACAAGAUCCAUCGCGGUGGAAUACGGGAAAUUUGGCAUACGCGCCAAUGCUGUUGCUCCUGGGACUGUCAGAACACGCGCGUGGGAACACCGAGUUGAAGCAAAUCCGCAGGUUUUUGAGGAGGCGAUGAGAUGGUAUCCCCUUAAACACGUCAUAGAGCCAGAUGACAUUGCCAACGCCGUGGCCUUUCUUAGCAGUAAGCAAGCGGCUGCUAUCACUGGGGUGUGCCUGUCGGUAGACUCCGGUUUGACAGCCGGCCAGACAUGCCUAGCAAGAGGUUUCUCACAGUCAGAAUAUUAUUGACUCCGGCGCUUGAGACUCUUUUUGG